AUGUCUACUCCCCCAUCACCGAGGCAGGCACCAGACACUGAGCCAGCAUCCCCGGCUUCGUCGGCCUCCUCCAUCCAGAGUGAUAUGCCGUCAGUCUUGAUUGUUGGCGCCGGAAAUUUCGGCGCUGCAACGGCUCUGAGCCUUGCCAGGAGAGGUGGCUUCAAGGUCACGAUUCUUGACACUGCUCCUUAUCCAAACCCCAGAGCUGCCUCGCACGACAUCAACAAGAUUGUGCGAGAUGACUAUCCAGACAAGCUCUAUAUGCGGAUGCUCAUCAGGGCCAUGCCCAUGUGGCGUGCGGACAAGCUCUACAGCCCUUGGUACCACGAAGUCGGUAUGCUCAGGGCCGAUGCAUCUGACUUUGGUGAAAAGAGCGUUGCCUCGUACAGGGCCGUUGGAGUUGCCAACGACGCCGAAUUCCUGUCCGUCGACGAGGUGAGAGAACGCUGGAACGGCGUCUAUGCCACAGCAAAUUUCGGCAGCCUGGACAAGGUACUUUACAACCCCACGGUGGGGUAUGCGGAGGCAGACAAGGCAUUGCAGGCCGUCAUGCAAGCUGCAGUCGACUUGGGUGUUGAGUACGUGGUUGGCGAGAUGAAGUCGCUCGAUCUCGGCGCUGACGGCCGGUGCGUGGGGAUCGAGCUCGCCAAUGGCGACACCCUGCGAGCGGACAAGGUGCUGCUUUGCACAGGCGCAAGGACUGGCUCUCUCCUGGCCCAGAGCGCUCCCGGGAACAAGGAGCUCCACAUCGGUGACCGUCUGGUUGCAACAGGCGCCGUUAGCUUCUACUCCAAGCUGCAAGGCGAGCAGAAGGACAAGUUCGCCUGCAUUCCCGUACUAAAGAACUGCCUCCCCGAGGUUAAAGGCGAGGGCAUGUCGAUCCUCAAAGAUGGGACAAUCAAGUUCAACUGCGAUAUGUGCUUCACCAACUACGUGGAUAACCCUGUUACGGGCGAGAAGAUGUCCAUGACACCCGAAGCAUCGGAUUACAACACGUGGACCGGCCCAGAGUUCGUUCCCUUCCUCAAGCAGUGUGCCAGGAAGACGUUUGAUGGUCUGUAUGGCAAGGAAGUUGAAAAUCUCCCCAUUGAGUCGUAUCGUAUUUGCUGGGAUGCCUCUACACCGACUCAUGACUUCCUUAUUACGCCUCACCCUCACUGCGAAGGCUUGUACGUGGCCACAGGCGGCUCAUUUCACGGUUGGAAGUUCUUGCCAGUGAUUGGUGACUACAUUGUUGAUAUGCUGCACGGCCUGCUUGGUGCGGACUAUGCAGACCGAUGGGCGUGGGACCCGAAAAGCGGUGAUGGCCACUCUGCCAAUCCGACCUAUCAAGUUGUGGGAGAUUUACAGCAAUGGAUUUCGUAG